GCCAUAUUCCUUGUGACAGGGGUCGGGGUGACCUGAGAGAUGCCGGAACCCGUGGAUAGAGAUGUGUACCCGGAGCCUCCGCGGCAGACCCCGGUACCGAACCGACAGUCCACACUUCCGGACCCGGUACCUCUGCUGGCCGGCCUGUUCAGCUAUGCCAUAGAUAAGCCGGUCACAGCCUUCCAUGAUUGGAUGGAAAGUCAGCGAGCGACGAGAAGGACUCACUACUAUCACCGAGAGUUCAGACGAGUCCCUGACCUGUCCCAGUGCCUAGAGGACGACUACGUGUGCCACUACGAGGCCAACAAGCAAUUCAAGAGGGACUACCUCGUGGAUCAGGAGAUUGUGAAGAUCAUGCGGGAGCGCGUGGCAGCCUGCAGGUCAAGAGAAGGAGAGAGCGCCGACCAGAACUGCGCGCCACUGCUCAAACAGUACGCCGAAGUCUGCAAGGCUUAUAAAGCCAGAUAUGAAGACCUUGGCUUUUACGGCGGGGCCAGGAAAUGCAUGAUGAAGCAGAAAGAGAGGAUGAUGGAGGAGAGGAAGGCAGCGGCGGAAUAAAUAAACCCCUGUACAUUUUGUGUUUCACAAUGGAACAAUUAAAACUGAAGAAUGAAAAUAAAGAUCUGGAGAUCAGUU